CCAUUAACCAUGAGCACCACAAUAGACAUUACCAACGAAAAUGAAACUUCUUACAACUACAAGAAGCCAAGUAAACUAUCUUUUUUGCAUAGUUUUUCUUCUGUAAUAGGAAAACUGUAUGAGCAGCAUAUGCAAAGAGUCAUUCAUAGCAUCAAGGUCGGUAUUGCCUUGGUUUUGGUUUCACUUCUUUAUCUUCUCGAUCCACUAUUUGAGCAAGUUGGGGAAAAUGCAAUGUGGGCUAUUAUGACUGUUGUCGUUGUCUUUGAGUUCUUUGCAGGUGCCACGUUAAGCAAAGGGUUACUCCGUGGACUUGGAACUAUACUUGGAGGCGGAUUAGGUUGUUUGGCAGCAAUUGCGGCAGAUGAUUUGGGAAAGAUUGGAAACGCAGUAGUGGUUGGUGUUUCAGUGUUUAUUUUCGGUGCUGCAGCAACAUACUGCCGAAUGAUUCCAAGCAUAAAGAAGAGAUACGAUUAUGGGUUCAUGAUUUUCAUUCUCACCUUCAAUUUGGUUGCAGUAUCCGGUUUGCGUGCUGAUAAAGUGUUAGAAUUAGCCCGUGAGCGUCUGUCAACAAUUGGCAUGGGUUUUGCCGUCUGCAUGUUCACCAGCUUACUCAUUUUUCCUAUGUGGGCUAGUGAUGAACUUCAUCGCUUGACAUCUUCAAAAUUCGACAAGCUAGCUUGCUGCAUUGAAGAUUGCAUGAAAGCGUAUUUUAGUGUAGUUAGUGAAAAAGAGAGGACACCAAGCAUUAAUGUUAGUGGCUGCAAGUCCGUAUUGCACUCCAAAUCAAGUGAUGAAUCACUGGCAAAUUUUGCAAAGUGGGAACCCUGGCAUGGAAGAUUUGGACUCCAUUAUCCAUGGGGAAAAUAUAUGCAGGUAGGGGAGCUUGUUAGGGAACUUGCUUCUAUUAUUCUGUCAAUGCAAGAGUGCCUUGAAUCGUCAUUACAGCCAUCAACAACGUUACAACAAGCAAUCAAAGAGCCAUGCAAAAGUGUAGGGUUGUCACUAGGGCUAACGAUGAGAGAGCUAGGGGAAAGCAUCAUGAAUAUGAAAAGAUGCCAGGUGAAAGUCCUAACAUUACCAAAAUUGGAGUCCAUCAAACUAGAGCUCAUUCUACUAUCGUCCUCACCAAACCUAAAAGGGAUUGCAAACCUUGAAUCUCUUGCCAUAGCAAACUUCUUGUUUCUAUUGAUGGAGAUAGUUGAUAAAGUGGAAGUUCUGGCAAAAGAAGUAGAAGCACUUGGAGAGGCUGCCGGUUUUCAAUCCAAAUAGUCUAAAUCGAACGUUUAAAAAGAACAACU